GCUUUCUCCGAGAACUACAGUCUCUCUCGUCUCCUGAAGAAAACAUCGAAACAAAGAACACAUCUUUGAUUCUUCCCUCUCGCUCCUCUCGCUCAUUCCUCUUGUCCGUGUCUCAAACCCUCAAAAGAACCGUAGGAAAGAAAAAAAACCAUGGAUCCGGCUGAGAUGAGGUACUUGGAAGAAGAGGACGGCCCGAUGAUGAAGACAAUCAAAGGCAGCGUGACCGGUUUCGCCGCUGGGACGAUCUACGGAACCAUUUUGGCCACGUGGAAAGACGUUCCCAGAGUGGAGAGGAACGUGGCGCUUCCGGGGCUCAUCAGGACGCUGAAGAUGAUGGGAACUCACGGGCUCACUUUCGCUGCCAUCGGAGGAGUGUACAUCGGCGUUGAGCAGGUGGUUCAGAGUUAUAGAGGAAAGAGAGAUUUUUUCAAUGGUGCUAUUGGUGGGUUUGUGGCUGGAGCUUCUGUCCUUGGCUAUAGAGCAAGGAGCAUACCAACAGCGAUAGCUGCAGGUGCAACACUAGCAGUUACAUCUGCUUUGAUUGACUCUGGAGGUCAGACCACAAGAGUAGACAACGGCAGAGAGUAUUAUCCUUACACCCCCGUCGAGAAAACAGCUAAAGCUGAUGCCUGAUCUCUCUCCUUUUGGCGUCUGAAGUCAAUAAAGCUUAUCCCAGGCCUCGUGAAGAAUGUCUGUCUCUCUUUGUUGUCAUCUCUUUUUUUUUUCUUUUUUAAUCUACUGUAUCUGGAGAUAUGAAAUCAUAGAACUCUUGUUUACUCCUGUGUUUAUGGAGAUUGACUUUCAUCUUUUGUCUGAAUGUUGAUUCCUACAAUAAAGAUAUCAACUUUGUCUUCCAAA